AUGACAAAUGAAUCGUCACUCAGUACAGAUAAUUCUUUAAAAAAAAAAGAUAAAGAUGACAAAAAGAAGCCCAAGACGCCAGCUGUGCCAUUGUACAAGUUGUUCCGUUUUGCGUCUAAAACGGACAAGAUCAUGAUUUUUUUCGCUGCUAUUUUUUCUGCAGCAGCAGGUAUCCUUCAACCUUGCUCAAUUCUUAUCUACGGUGUUUAUAUCUCAAAAGUCUCUACAGCCACCACAGGUGGCAUGAUUACACUUGAAGAUGUGUUACCAGUAAUCAAAUUGAUGGCGGCAUUAGGUGUGGUUGCAAUGUUAACUGGAUAUCUGUCAAAUUGUUUAUGGGUCAUUACUGGCGAGAACCAAACAAGAAGAAUUCGAUCUCUCUACUUACAUUCUGCUUUAAAACAAGAUAUGAGCUGGUAUGAUGCUGCUGAGGAUGGUUCAUUAAACACGCGAUUGGCCUCCGACACUCAAGUAAUUCAAGAUGGUAUUUCUGAUAAGUUUGGUCAAUUCAUUUCUCUCUUUUGUCAAUUUGCCGGUGGAUUUGUUGUAUCAUUUGUUAAAGGCUGGCAAAUGUCUUUAGUAAUGCUUGCGUUAAUUCCGCCUGCUGGUAUUGUUAUGGGUGUCACCACUUAUUAUAUCAAAACUUAUGCUUCUCAAACGCAGACCAUUUAUGCCGAAGCGGGCACAAUUGCCGAGCAGGUGUUCCAGUCUAUUCGUACAGUUCACUCAUUCACUCUUCAAAAGAAAUUCUCUUCCAUCUAUGGUAAAAAAGCAGAAGAGGCCUGUAAUGUGGGCAUAAAACGUGCAAUUAUCUAUGGUUCUGGAGUGGGAUUUUUUAUGUUUGUCUUGUUUGGAAGCUUUGGCCUCUCUCUUUGGUACGGUUCAUCACUUGCUGUGCAAGAUAAAAACACUGGCGCAGAUGUUUUUGUUGUAUUUAUGGCUAUGAUGAUUGGCAGUGUAUCUAUUAUGAAAAUUUCACCCGUUAUUUCUGCUGUCUUCAGUGCUGCAGGCUCUGCUUAUAAGAUCUAUGAAAUUAUUGAUCGUGUUCCUGAAAUUGAUACGGAUUCCAAAAAGGGCCUUGUACCUUCUUCUAUCACUGGUUCAAUCGAAUUCAAAAAUGUUACAUUCAAAUACCCAUCUCGCCCUGAUGUUCUUAUUAUCGAUGAUCUUAGUAUUAAAAUUGAGGCUGGUAAGACAAUUGCCUUUGUGGGUCCCUCUGGUUCUGGUAAAUCAACUACCAUUCAGCUUGUACAACGGUUUUAUGAUGUCUUAUCUGGCGAGGUUACACUGGAUGGACACAAUAUUAAGGAUCUGGAUGUAAAAUGGUUGCGUGAGCAAAUUGGCAUAGUAUCUCAAGAGCCUGUAUUAUUCAACAUGAGCAUUCGACAAAACAUCCUUAUGGGUACUCACACCGAAGUAACAGAUGCAGAAGUCAUUGCUGCUUGUAAAGAGGCUAACUGUCAUACAUUCAUUACACAAUUACCCGAUGGUUAUGAUACGCUUGUUGGAGAACAAGGUGGUAUGUUGUCUGGCGGACAAAAACAACGUAUUGCAAUUGCUCGUGCUAUUUUGAAGAAUCCUACUAUUUUAUUGUUAGAUGAGGCCACUUCUGCUCUCGACACACAAUCUGAACGUCUCGUACAAAACGCUCUUGACAAGGCUUCAGCUACUCGUACAACAAUUGUUAUUGCUCAUCGUUUAUCUACUAUUAUGAAGUCUGACCUUAUCGCUGUUCUCGAUCAUGGAGUUAUUAUCGAAAAGGGAACGCAUGAAGAACUUAUCAAUCUUAAAGGCGCUUACUCUAACUUGGUUGAAAAGCAAAUGAUCGAAUUAGACAAACAUGAUUCAGGUAGUCUUGAAACCAGCAGUGUAGAUGAUGAAGAACUUUUAUUACAAGAAAAACUGGAGCUUCAACAAAAGCUUGCUUCUCAGGAUAAGAACAUACUAGAAAAGAUGGAAUCUAUACACAUAGAAAGAAAAGAGCGAAAAGAAAUUGAUGCAUACGAUCUGAAAAUUCAAAAGCAACUGGAAUUAAAAAAGAGAAUGAAGCAAGAAAAAGCUCCCAUUCGAAGAAUAAUAACGGAUAUGAAACCUGAAAGUGUUUAUGUUAUCCUUGGUCUUAUUGGUGCUGCAUUUAAUGGUGUUGUCUGGCCUAUCUAUUCAUAUUUGUUUGCCUAUAUUAUUGCAAUUCUUUCAGGUCCAAAAGAAGGUAUCCAGCCUUCAUCUUUGGGGGGUACAAAUUUAUUUGCGUUUCUGUUCGUGAUCAUUGGUAUUUGCUCCAUGUUAGGUAAUGGUGCGCAGAUCACAUUUUUUCAAAUUGCCGGUGAAAAAUCUACCCGCCGUUUGCGUGUUCGGGUGUUCGAUGCUUAUUUAAGACAAGAGGUUGGAUUUUUCGAUCAGGAAGAAAAUAAUAGCGGCGCGUUAACCGCCAAAUUGGCUGUCGAAGCUCGAAAUGUUAAUGAUUUGAUCACAAGAGUCUGUGGAGAUAUAUCUUCAUUUUUCGCCACAAUCAUUUCUGGAUUUGUUAUUUCUUUUGUACAUAGUUGGCAGCUCAGUCUUGUUGUAAUGGCUAUGAUGCCUUUUAUGAUAGCAGCAACCGCCUAUGAAGUUCGUUCAGAAAGAGAUUAUGUUGAUGGCACCAAAAAGGCAAAUAGAUUGAGCGACCAAGUGGCGGGUGAAGCUAUCCGUGAAGCUAGAACAGUGGCCUCUUUAAACAAGCAGUCUCAUUUUGAAGAGCGUUACUAUCAUGCUAGAAAACGCUCACACCAACAAGCUCUUCGUAAAGCAUACCUUACUUCUAUCGCUGCAGGUUUAAGCAAAUCGAUGAAUAUCUUUUCAAGCGUUGUUGCAUAUUAUGCCGGUGUUCGUUUUAUGAUUAAUGGUAUGAUUACUUUCACAGAAAUGUUAGUUUGUAUGUCCGUUAUUAUGUCUGUUGCUGAAUCUAUUGGUGUCUUCUCUCUUUCUGCUUCCACAUUUGUCAAGGCGAAAUAUGCUGCUAUUGCUUCAUAUGAAAUUAUCGAACGUAAAAGUGAGGUCGAUCCUGAUUUGGAAGGCAUUGAGCCAGCAGUCGGAUCUGUUCGUGGUGAUGCCGAGUACAAAGACAUCAAGUUCGCUUACCCAUCUCGUCCCGACGUUUCCAUCUUUAACGGAGAUUUCGAUCUCAAAUGUUUUGCAGGGAAAACAGUUGCUUUGGUUGGUCCCUCUGGAUGUGGUAAAUCAACCACAGUAGGUAUGCUCCAACGAUGGUAUAACCCACUUGAAGGUACCGUGUCUCUUGAUGGAACUAGUGUCAAGUCUUAUUCGCUUCACAAUCUUCGUAGCCACAUGGCAAUUGUUUCUCAAGAGCCAUCUCUUUUUAAUAUGACUAUUGGAGAAAAUGUGAGGUUUGGUGUUGCGGACCAUGAGGAGAUCACUCAGGAAGAAGUUGAAGCUGCUUGUAAAUCUUCCAACAUUCAUGAAUUCAUUGUCAGCCUUCCUGAAGGAUAUAACACCCGAGUUGGUGACAAAGGGUCACAACUUUCUGGUGGCCAAAAACAACGUAUCGCUAUUGCGCGUGCCCUUAUUCGUAAUCCUAAAGUUCUGUUGCUAGAUGAAGCUACUUCGGCCUUAGAUAGUGACUCAGAGCGUCUCGUUCAAGAAGCUUUAGAUAAUAUCAUCCAAAAAGGCGGAAGAACCACUAUUACCAUUGCUCAUCGUCUUUCUACAAUCCAGAAUUCAGAUGUUAUUUGUGUAUUGAAGGAUGGUCUUGUUAUUGAGCAAGGCACACAUUGGGAGCUUUUAGCUUUGAAUGGUACCUAUUCUGCCUUAGUUUAUGAGCAAUCUUUAUCAGUGCUGUAA